GCUGGAUUUGACAUGUGUACAUAAUCAGCUCGUAAUUACAUGUAGAGGCCAUGUGUCAAAUCACGGGGAUAUAGUACUCAACGGCGGAAAACAUUUACCUAUAAAUCUGAGAUCAAUGAGUUACUAAAAGACAGAAAGUUACUCGGCAUAGAGAGCGGAGUUUCAGAAAUCUUCAAAUCCAGCAAAUCUGCAAGCUUCCAACAGUAGCGUAAACGGGAGAAAAUAAUAACUUCUCCCCGUUGUGCAUAAUUCAUUAUUUGCUAUGAAUAAACAGUGAUUGUGAAUGCAGUAGUACAGACAGUGAUAUCAUGUGGUGAUUUUGACCGAUAAUCGGGUGAUUGUUUAUGUUUGAUCAUUGCCCACCAGAGAUAAGAUUCACGCCCGGAUUUGUGGUGGGGAGAGAUAUCUGAUCACCGUAAUAUCCUUGUAAGUGGAUCUGGGAAAGCCAGAGUCUGGGCAGCCAUGUCGAGCCUGUUUUCAUGCUUUGGGAAGAAAAGCAAAGUGAAGAGAGGAAACAAGGAGCCCAAGGACAGGAAGAAAGAUGGAAAACACAGAGAACAGAUCCCGGCUCCCAUUGAGGACGAACGAAAACCACCGGUAGAGGAAAGUAUUCCAGAUAAAGCCCAGCAAAAUGGGGACGUACACAAAGAGGAGGCGGAAGUGCCACCGCCCGAGGAGACCAGCAGUCCUUUGAUUAAGGAGCUGGAAAACAAACUGCAGAAGAGAAGGGAGAAAAAUAGUACAUCUGACGAGCAUACAACAGAAGCGAAAGAAAAUGAAGUCAUCCCACAGCAAGCUAAACAAUCGGGACAAACAAUUCCUGAGCAAAUUCCCCCAAAACCCACCCGCUCACAGUCGGAGAAAAAAUCCGCUCCCAUCGCGGCGGAAAAGAAAGAUGCAGAAAGCGAUGCACUAGAGAGUCAGGUGGAAAAGCUACGAUCGGAGAUCGCACAACUAAGAACAGAGAAUAUUAAACUAAGAGAAAAGGCGUCCGAGAAUGACAAACUCAAGAAAGCACAGACAGAAAAAUUAGAGCUGGAAGAGAAAGUUAAAAGUCUGGAAGACUUGAACCAACAAAUACAGGCGCGAGAAAAGAAUAUGUCCUCUGAGUACGCAGAGUUAAAGAAAAAAGUAGCCAAGGAAGAAGAUAGGAUGAAUGACGAAGUACAGGAAAGGUUAGGAGUUGCUCUCAAAGAAAGACAAAAUAUUUUGACAUCGUUCGAGGAGUUAAGCCAGUUGUGUUGCAAACUUGCCCCUAGACUUGAUUCGAUCGAGUCAGCAAAAGAGAAACAGAAAACACCGGACGAUGUGUUACCGCGCGUGGAAACCUUAGGAGAAUCCCAGAAAAUGGUCAGUAAAGACGUCACAACAGUAAGGCACCAUCUGGAUGAGCUGGAACUUCGUAUUAUUCGUCUGGAGGUGGAUAAAGACAAUCUGGAAGAUUCAAAUGGCGAGAAGUUUGCUGCUUUAGAGGAUAUGAAAAAAGAAAACACCGCUUUGAUGGCAAAAAUAAAGAAAUUGGAAGUGGAACUGGAGGGGAAGAAAUCGAAUUUGCUCCGUGUGGAGAACGAGAAAGCCUUGAUGUCAUCACAGCUGUCAGUUCUCAUGACGGAGGUGGAAAACCUGAAAAGGAAGAUGGACGAGCUGUCGAUAGCUCAUGGCGAGAAAGAGGCAGAAUUGGAGAUCUCUCUAAGAAAGCACUCGACGCUGAACGAAGAGAUCAAAGUUCAAGGAAUCAAGCUACAAACAAUGGCGGCACUUGUCAAAGAAAAGGAAGACGCGUGCAACAAAGCCGAGAAGAAAAUGAGGGAAGCUAAAAAACUUAACGAGGAACUCAUGAAACGAUUACACGAACAAGAAAAGAAAAGUCCCGCCAAAAUGAAUGGCACCGCUUCACCAGCUGCGCCUCUAGCAGACGACAUGGACCGUAUGCGGAAAAUAUCAGAGCGGUUUGCUGUAGAACUUUACGGAGGUUUGUGGCGGGAAGCAUUUGAAAAGCUCACAACAGUAUUUAAAAGAGAGGAGAAGAAAUCGCUACAGAUACUGAUGGACUUCUGCACGGAGGCGUACCUUCAUUGCCGACGGACGGCCAGGCAACAGUUGGACUCCGUGUACUCUCUACUGACGAACCCCUCCGUCGCUCACGGACGUAACAGUAUCAGCAGACGAUCGCCCUCAUCUAAUAUAUAUAAGAAUAUUAUUAUACAGAAACAGUCGACGCCCGAGAAUAUUCCGCCAAGUCUACGUCACCAGAUUGUACAGUUCCGCAAGGAUCCAACCAGGGACUUCCUUGAUAGCUUAUACGAUGAUUUCCUGAGUGUGUUAGACUUCCAGAAGUCCCGUCACCUAAGAAGCUUCCACAUGAAGGAAGUAAAGGACAUUGCCCCCUACAUCACCAGAUGUCUUGCCAUUAGCUGGGAGAUGGUGGUCCAAGACCCACCCAUGUACCUGCAGUUCAAAGUUCGGCACGGAACACCCGUGGAUCGAGAAAAGUACAACUUUUACACCACAGAAGGGGAUGUGGUAGACUAUCUUGUGUGGCCCGCCGUUUUGAGGGAGGAAAAUGGCGCGGUGCUUCAGAAAGGGAAAGUGCAGGCUAUCUCCCCUAGGCCGGUGUAAUGGUCCCAAUAUUGUUGGGUCGUUCUUUUGCAAAUCAAAGAUUGACAAGGGUCCACGUUAAAAAUUAUUUUUUAACCCUGCUAAUAGGGAUUGUUCAGGAAGUCGCCAUUUUGAUCAAUGCUUGGCAUUUAGUUUUUCCUUAACAAUGACGUCAUGUUGUAUUGUAAUUUAUUUUAAGUCUUCGAUUUUUUAAUGUGUUGUUUUACAUGCAUUGUGUUUACUAAUACAGAGCCCAGUCUGUACCACUGCCUUCUAAUAGUCGUAUUACAGAUCUGGAUCUUUUAUAAAGAAAAGGGUCUUUUGAGAUGUAAAUAUUUUUUUUGAAUGUUUAUUGCAUUAAGGCAAAGAUUUUUAUUAUAGUCAGAAAAUGUUGGACUCGUCUCGCUUGUUUUAGUUCUUGUUUUUAAAUUAGUAUUUAUUCAUCUUUUAUUUGUUUUUGCAUUUAAUAUACCAACUCAGCACACAAAAUAGAUGGGUAAGGUGUUUUUUACGAAGAGGGUGAAGAAAUCAAUUGUUUAAUGAUGCUCACGCACUGUCUAGUCACCGGAUGUUAACAGCGUCCGGUUGUCGUAAUUCUAGUAUUACACUAAAUGCAAUACUUAACGAUAUUUUUAUCUAAUUGGUGCCAUUUCCCCGGAGAUUUUAUUUUACACCGUAUAACUAUAUAGAAGUAGAGACUACCAUCAUAUAUUUGAUAAGGAAUCCAUUUACCCUGUGGUUUUUAGGACGUUUAUUUGUAGUAAUUUUUAUUGGGUGUUUUUCACUCCCUUUCCAUUAGAUGGUUGGAUGAGUUGUAUCAGUUGUUAGUGACAUUUUUUUGCUUGGCAUUUUGCGGUUGUGUAUAUCCUGUACAUCUGUUGUGUCUAUUUUGUUGUUGAGAAUAAAAUGAUGUCAAAGUAUA